AUUUGUGGCUCCAUCGUCAUGUCGGGACGCGGCAAGCAGGGCGGCAAGGCGCGGGCCAAGGCGAAGACGCGCUCGUCGCGGGCCGGGCUGCAGUUCCCGGUGGGCCGCGUGCACCGGCUGCUGCGCAAGGGCAACUACGCCGAGCGGGUGGGGGCCGGCGCGCCGGUCUACCUGGCGGCCGUGCUGGAGUACCUGACGGCCGAGAUCCUGGAGCUGGCGGGCAACGCGGCGCGCGACAACAAGAAGACGCGCAUCAUCCCCCGCCACCUGCAGCUGGCCAUCCGCAACGACGAGGAGCUCAACAAGCUGCUGGGCAAAGUCACCAUCGCCCAGGGCGGCGUCCUGCCCAACAUCCAGGCCGUCCUGCUGCCCAAGAAGACCGAGAGCCACAAGGCCAAAGGGAAAUAA